AUGAAAGUGUAUUACCUGACAAAUGAAUAUGUAAUUGACUCUUCUGAGAUCAAAGACAGCGAGACGUUAUUUGCUUUAGUUAUUUCAGUGAUUGGGGUAUCGGAGUGUGUGAUGUUACAACUGCCAAAUUUAUUUAUAGUAAAGGAUUUGCCACUUCCAAAAGAAUUUAACACAAAACAAUCACUCUUUGUUCUUACACAAGAAUUGGUUAAUCCCCUUUCCAAAGAAGUUGAAAAUGCAUGCACUCGGUGUGUUAUAAAACGACCAUUUUUACAGCGAAUGACAAACGACUGUUGUAAGAGCUGCACUGAGAUAUGCAAAAAUGUUCCUGUAUCAACAUGUGUUCGACUUGGGCCAUUCAUUCCACGAUUAAUGACUUAUCUCAAACAAGUAGAAUUUUACGAAGAUCCUCAGAACCAAAAAUUAGCGCUUCAAAAAAUUCCAUUAGAACAAUUGCAUAUCACACAAGACCAAAUAACGAAUCGGACGUUAGACAUUGACCAAAUGAAAGAUAUUGUUCAUUGGUUUAAAACGGAAUUCUUCCAUUGGGUUGAAGACUACUGUUUAGAGUGUGGUUCAAAGGACGUGUCGAAUUACAGUGAUACCCCCAAUGCAGACGAUUUCAAAAAUGAUGCCAAUCGUGUCGAGAUAUUUAAGUGCAACAAAUGUGGUCACAUCAGAAGGUUUCCAAGGUACAACAACCCACUCAAACUCUUAAAAACGCGUGUUGGGCGAUGUGGGGAAUAUGCCAAUUGCUUUACAUUUAUUUGUCGAAGUCUUGGGUAUUACGCUCGAUUAGUAUUAGACACUACAGACCAUGUCUGGACGGAGUUCUUCUCUCACUCCGAAGAUCGUUAUGUCCACGUCGACUCCUGUGAAGACAAAGUAGACUUCCCUUUGACUUAUGAACGUGGGUGGGGGAAGAAAUUAGAGUAUUGCAUAGCAUUUUCUAACUACGAAAUGCGCGACGUGACUUCUCGAUAUACCGAACGACUCGAAGACUGCUUGCCACGACGAAAUGAUAUAUCAGAGUCUCUUUUGUCGUCAUUGCUUGCCGGACUGAAUAUAGCACUUUUAUAUCGAGCAGACACUACCGACGUUAUUAAAUGGGAACAUACCGAGAACGACGAAUUCAGUGGGAAGAAGAAGAUAGAAAGGAAGUGGGAAGCGAUUGGGCGGAUAUCUGGGGAACAGAAGUGGAAAGAAGAGCGUGGGGAGAAUAAGAAAAUGAUAACUCCAACGGACUUCAAGACGAAACUAGUGAUUAAUUCGGAGCUUUAUGGAGAAGCUUGUCAAGUCGACGACACUAUUCGCGUCACAAAAGGGUAUGACUGUUCUGGUGGAGUCUUCAAAUGUGUCACCGCGCCAUAUCAAGAGCACAAGAAUGUCUUAGUUCAUGUAGUUGUAACAAACAAAAAGGCAGACGCCGAUGGAUUUGCUGGUGUGUUUGCUUCAAAGC